AUGGAUGACGAGCUGUACGAGGAGGAUGCUGACAAUUUUUCAUUCGAGCUCGAUGACGAGUUGCUUCCAGAGGACCUUGACGACAUAGACCUUGACACUGUCGCUUCGUUGGCCAAAAUUCAACAUGCUCGUGAUGAGAUACACGACGACGACGAAGGACUUGAACAUUUUCUUGAUGCUACCACGGCCGAAGGUGUUCCAGACGAUCUCUGGGGGGAUGCAGACGACAGUGAUGAUGAUGCCAACUCAGACAGCGAAAACGACGAUCACCUCGCCAACAUCGACUUUCGUCCACCAGAACCUUUCAGCUAG